ACAACAGCAACAACAACAACAAGUGGCUAAUGGUCCAAGUAAUAUCUUAAGUGAAACCACUGCUGCCACUUGGUUAGCCAUUGGUUCCUUGGCUGAAAGCUUAGGAGAUGUUGAUAAAGCUUUAGCAUCUUAUGAUUCUGCUUUAAGACAUUCAUCAAAUAAUCCAGAAGCUUUAAUCAAAUUAGCUAAUAUUUAUCGUUCUAAAGAUGUGUUUUUCAAAGCUGCUGAAUUAUAUGAACAAGCUCUUAAUUAUAAUCCUGAAAGUGGUGAAACUUGGGGUUUAUUAGGUCAUUGUUAUUUAAUGUUGGAUGAUUUACAAAGAGCUUAUAUUGCUUAUCAAAGAGCUCUUUAUUAUUUAGAAAAUCCAAAUGUUCCUAAAUUAUGGCAUGGAAUUGGUAUUCUAUAUGAUAGAUAUGGUUCAUUAGAAUAUGCCGAAGAAGCAUUUGUAAGAGUUUUAGAAUUAGAUCCAAAUUUUGAUAAAGCAAAUGAAAUUUAUUUUAGAUUAGGUAUCAUUUAUAAACAUCAAGGGAAAUUACAACUGGCUUUAGAAUGUUUCCAAUAUAUUUUAAAUAAUCCUCCUCAUCCUUUAACUCAACCUGAUGUUUGGUUUCAAAUUGGUACGGUUUUAGAACAACAAAAAGAUUGGUAUGGUGCUAAAGAAGCUUAUGAAAAAGUUCUUCAAGUAAAUCCUCAACAUGCUAAAGUAUUACAACAAUUAGGUUGUCUUUAUUCUCAAGCUGAAUCUUCACCUUCAACUCCUGCUCAACAUCAAAAUGGUAAUUCUCAACCCUUCCAACAAGAUUUAAACAUUGCUUUAAAAUAUUUAACUCAUUCAUUAGAAAUCGAUCAAGCUGAUGCUCAUUCUUGGUAUUAUUUAGGUAGAGUUCAUAUGAUUAGAGGUGAUUUUAAUGCUGCUUAUGAAUCUUUCCAACAAGCGGUUAAUCGUGAUUCCAGAAAUCCAACCUUUUGGUGUUCAAUUGGAGUAUUAUAUUAUCAAAUUAGUCAAUAUCGUGAUGCUUUAGAUGCUUAUACUAGAGCUAUUAGAUUAAAUCCUUAUAUUAGUGAAGUUUGGUAUGAUUUAGGUACGUUAUAUGAAACUUGUAAUAAUCAAAUUAGUGAUGCUUUAGAUGCUUAUAGACAAGCUGAAAGAUUAGAUCCUGGUAAUCCUCAUAUUAAAGCAAGAUUAGAACAAUUAAUUAAAUAUCAACAAGAAGGUAAUACUCAUCCUCCUCAACCUCCUCCAGUUUCUCAACAACCAAGAUUACCUCAAGGUAUGGUUUUGGAAUCUACUCAACAAGAUCCUCAAGUUCCUCCUCCUCCUCAUCCUCAACAACAACCUCCACAACAUCAACAUCAACAAGCUCCACCUCUACCACAACAACAACUUCCUCAAGGUGGUUUAGGUAGUCAACUCCCUCAACCUCCUGUCCCACAACAACACCAUCUUCAACAACCUCCUCAACAUAUCCCACAACAAUUACUGUUACCUCAAGCCCAACCUCCUCAACAAAUACAACAAGUGGCUCCAAUUCAACAACUUCAUCAACCUCCACCACCUCCACCACAACAACAACCACAACCUCCAGUUCAAGUUCAACCAAUUCAUCAAGAAUCUCCAGCUGUUCCUGCACCAAUUCUUAAUGCAGUUCAAUCGCAACCACCAAUCCCAACCACUCUUCCUCCAACUGUUAUUCCUCAAGUUAAUAUUCAAGUACCAUCACCAGCUCCACAAGUAUCUCCAUCUCAAGCUCCGGUUGUAAUUGAACAACCACCAGCCAAAGUAGAAGAACCACCCCAACAACAACAACCAAUUGAACAACCAGUUCAAAAUCCAACUCCUCCUAUUUCGAAUGAUUCAGUAGCUCCAAAACGUGAAUUAGAAGAUGGUCAAGAUUCAAAAGUGGUUAAGAAACCAACUAUUGCUGAAACUACUGCUCCAGCUGAACCUGUCAAUUCAUUAAAUUCUCUUAUGAAUGCUGCUAUUUCGGUGGCCAAUAAUGAAGAAAGAGAAAGGGCUGAAGCUGCUGCUGCUGUGGCUGCCGUUGCUGCUAAAGCUGAUGAACCUGUUGCAGAACCAGUCCAAGCCCCUGUUGAAGUUGCUGCACCUACUGUAGCUGAAUCAGUUGUUGCUGAACCAGUUGCCGAACCAGCUCCGGUUGCUGAGCCAGUUACUGAAGAAGUUUCUGCUGCUCCUGCUCCUGAACCUGAACCUGCUGCUCCAGUGGUUGAAGCUCCAGUGGUUGAAAAAACCGAGCCAGUUGCAACUCCAGAAGUUGCUGCUCCAGCACCAGUUACUGAAACCACUGCUGCUCCAACUGAACCAGAAACUGCUGUUGCUGCUCCAGCUCCUGUUGAUACCACUACUGAAGCACCAACUACUAAUGGUUCUGAAACUAAAGAAGAAGUUAAACCAGAAGUUGAAUUACCUAAAUUUUCAAGUAAUGUAACAGGUAAAGAAACCACUACCACCACCACUACUAAGGAAGCAACUCCUGAAAAGGAAGAAGUUGAAGAAGAAAAGAAAGAUGAACCAGUUGAACCACCAUUAAGAAAAGUUGAAGAAGAUGAAGAUUAUGAUGAUGAAUAGACUUUAAAAAAAGAAAAGAAAAGAAAUUCCUACCAACUGUGUUAUAUAUGAUAUUAUCGAAUAUUAUUAUUAUUAUUAUUAUUUUUAUAAUCAAACUUUUUUACUUCCAAUCAGUACUUAUUAUAAUUUUGUAUUAUUUUUACAUUUUAC